UUUUUUUUUCUUGGCGUGUUAAGGGAGCCGGCGCUGUUCAGCUUCCUUUGUAUUUUACUCUGAAAUAUUUUGCACAAUAUUUGUGUGUUUUGUACGUUUUUAUCGCCCAGUUUGUACCUUUUUUUUUGAUCUGUCGCCAUGGCACGCAUCAACCGGCCAGCUCCAGUGGAAGUCUGCUAUAAAAAUAUGCGUUUUCUUAUCACCCACAAUCCCACCAACGCCACAAUGAACACCUUCAUCGAGGAUUGGCCGUUCGAUGAUGGAGCGUCUCCCCCCAGCAAAGUUGUGGAUGAUUGGUUGAAUCUGCUGAAAGCGAAAUUCUGUGAAGAUCCCGGGUGCUGUGUAGCCGUUCACUGCGUGGCCGGACUGGGCAGAGCCCCCGUCCUAGUCGCGCUCGCCCUUAUCGAGAGCGGAAUGAAGUACGAAGACGCCAUUCAGUUCAUCCGGCAGAAACGGCGGGGCGCCAUCAACAGCAAGCAGCUGACGUACCUGGAGAAAUACCGGCCAAAGCAGAGGCUACGGUUCAAGGACCCUCACAAUCACAAGAACAAGUGCUGCAUCAUGUAACCGCUGUGACACACCUACAGACCCCUACACACCU